CUUCUAUUCUUAGAAAUUACCGUGUCAUCAGUCUUGUUGAAGAGAAAGAGCUCUUCGUUUCUAUUUCCUAAGCAAAGCAAUGCAUGCAUGGCUACCUGUCCUACCUGAUAAAGCUGAAAUUUAUAUUGAAUUGAGCAGAAAGUACGUAAUACUUUUAUAGAGAUUUUGAUACCGGAAAAAGGCAAGGUAUGUGUCAUGAAUGUGUUCUACUUUUACGUUUCGUUCCGUGUUUACAGAUAAGGUUUUAAAAGACUGUAGAAGGCUAAUAAGUUUUUUUCAGAGUGCAAUGUAGCUUGAGACCAGACUCUGCAGUAGGGAAAAAGGCAAAAAAACAAAAAUAGGAAAAAUAUCGGCGAGCGAAGCGAGCCCAGCGGUGGUUUGGGGAGGGUUAAAACUUGGAGCCAUAUUCAUUGAUGUUAUACAACCACCCAAAAUUAAACCGACCUGAAUCCAGGCAUCCCAGCUCUCUAUAAAUAUGUGUUAAGAAAGUUGUCAUCAAGAGUUACCCUGUUCAGCGGCACAUACCCGUUUACGCCAAGUAAGUGCUCCUUCCCAGCCACCCCCCUUAAUGCGAUACUAUCGCCACGUUUUAGAAUUAAAAUUUUCACUCAUGUUGGUCACGUCUCCUGGUUCUGGUUUGUUUGUACAGCGCAGUCACGGAGUUGAGUGCUUUGAGGAGGUUUGAAGCUGCAAAUACAGGACAAUAGCUCGUACCUGUCUGAAGGAUUUUAACAGUUCUCCAACUGCCGUCUCCUACCGUUCCGUACCGUCUGGAAAUGAAUCCGGCAAUAAAACUUGGAGGAUAAUUGAGAAGUGGUUACCUGCGGGUAAGUUCAGUAUUAUAAACGCCCAUAAAAGUCUACCUCCAACGAACUUCAUAAAACAUUCCAAAGAACAUGCAAAAAAUUCGAUUUAUGAUCGUCAACACACUAAUAAUAGCCCAGGGGUUUUCAAGUUUUGCAUUCUUUCAGGUUCAAGUUUCUCAGAACAAUCAAUAUUCAAAUUACUUAGGCUCAUCAUAUUUUGACCAUAAAAGGUAUUCACCACGUGAAUUUCUUGGAAUCGAGCGUUACAAUAGGCGUAGCUUUUAUCCCUCUCUUUGCCUCCAGGUUCAAGAGAAGGAACGUUCUCGUUAUAUUUGCUAUGCAAAUGCAUCGUAUGAUUACGGGCCUGGCAAUUGAAAGUUAUGGGUUAGAGAAGAGAGUACUUUCCUUUUAUAACUAAAGAUUUUGCUACGGGAAAAGGGAAGGUACGUGUCGUCCCAUGACUGCUUUUAUCUGUUGUUUUGGAGAAAAAGUAAAGCAGCAGAGUCAGUAGAGUGCCAUGAAUUUAAGUGAUACUGACGUGAGUGUAUUUAGUACUAUGCCUGCGUGUAGACGUCUCCUAUUUGUACAUCGCUUGUUUGCAUGCAGCAAACGAAACACGAGACGUCUCAAUGCAUGAUAUUCCGAACAAGGCCCUCCUAACUUUUAAGCUAAAUUAUCGUGCAAGUGCCCCGACAAAAAUCCACAAUUAAAUAGUCCCUGAAUUAAUUUUAUAACUCACGCAAAGAUGCAGGAAUCAUUUCUUCAACUCCUAUCAAACAACUAACAAUAAUAACGAAGUUGUUUAUAACAUCUUAGGAGGGGAAAACAGCCGAAAAGGUGAAAUUUCCGCAUGACGCCAGCAUAAUAGUUAUGCAUGCACCAUUCUCAUACAAUUUCACACAAAUACUAAACUUGAAUUAGCGAGUCAAAAAAUUCAUACAUGCUGUGCAGAAAUAUUGCCAGAAAAACUUGCCCAAUUUGUUUUUGCAGGUUUACUGCUCUGAUUACCAUAUUAAUGUCCUUAGCCUCAUGGAAAGUUAACUACCAAUAUCAAAAUGUCCUUAAAUCUGGGUGGGGUACAGACAAUAAGAUUCUAAGAAAGGUUCUAAAAAUAUACAAAUUAUACAUUCUAAGAGCUAAGUGUCUUGAUAUCUUUUUUCUAUUGUUAAAGGUUAUUUUGAUCAGGUCAUGUCAUCAAUAAACUAGAAAUACGUUAUUGCAAAAAUCUCGCGAAGCUAAAAAGGGUCAGCAAUGGGAAUAAACCGAAACAACAAAUUCCGAAACAACUUCCUCCAGCGAAAAAAGAGAAAUCUCUAACCACUGGGCCAUGCGACCAAUGCGUAACAUACGUAGGCUAUAUUUGCGGCCGCAGUGAGCGAGCCUGAAGCGAGCGAACGAGGCAGCUCUCUAAUCGGCAAAAAAUUACAUUAUAGGGGCAUUCAAUCACUUUUUCUUACCAAACGCAAGGAAUUGUGGUUAUCCGCUACUCAAAGAUUUGGGAUGCGCAAUGGACUCGCAACGAAUUGUGGUUAAGUGCAAAUGGAAGAUUUGGGAUGCGCAGUAAACUCGCAAGGAAUUGUGGCUAUGCUCGAAUGGCAGAUUUAGAAUGCGCAGUGGAUUACCACGUGCUUUCUUCUUAUACUGGUUUUCAACUGCAAUUUGAAUAAUUUGCAAUCUCGUUAAAGCAAAGAAACAACAGGUCUAAUUAGAAAACAAAAAAUCUUUGUACGUGCUGCAUACUUUUGCAGUUGGCCGACACUUGUCUACCGAGAAUCGAAAGCAUUCAUGAUAAAUUUAUCAUAGUCGAUGCCAAGGCAGAAUGAAAGAAAAGUUCGAAACCUCUAUAUAUUUAGGUUGGUUUUCGGAAAACAGAACACGCUAAGACCAGCAAAAUAGCGUAGCAUAUGGACAAAGAAAUAGCAUCACUACAUGGAGCAAGCAGCCGUUUAAUAUCUUUCAAGGAUAUUUUCACAAAAUGCAAUAUUUUAUUAGUCCGAUAUUUUGACUAUAGUGAUUAGGGUUAAGCACUGAAAAUACUACCUGAAGCACUAACCAACUGAACUGAUUAGGGUUAAGCCCUAAGAAUGGUGAUUAGGGUUAGCAGUUAGCUUCUAUUUUGGGUGGGGGUUUACGCUAUAAUAUUUGAAUAAAAUCGCCAUCUUGCAGAGAAACCACGGUGGUCUAGUGGUUAGAAUCAGGGCGGAUAAAGGUUGGGCGGUGAAACGAGCGCGUCCGAGCAAAAAGGUGUGAUGCAGUGGACUGGGACUCUGCUUAGAAAUGUCGCUUGUUUUCGACUUCGGUCAGGGCUUGCGAUGUGGUUUGACCAUUAGACACUGCCGCUGUCACCUAAUUAUGGUGGCUUGAUUUGUUUGCUUGCACUUCUUCCUCGUUCCCUUGUGCUGGUAAGCUGUCUCCGGGAGGCAAAUGUUGCUAUUUUUUGCGGGAGGUUUAGUUGGAGUAGACAAACAUCUCUUUCAAAAGGUUUCUCUUGCUUCCAUGACUCUUCCACUGAAUUAUAUUUUCGUUCUACUGCUCGCCAAUGUCGAUGUUAUUCCAAAACAAAAACAACUAAGUACUGUCUAAAACACGGAGGAAAAUCUCAUCCAUGGCAAAACUAAAAGACAGCAGAUCGUGUUUCAUAACUAGAUGACGUGUAUUUUAUAAAUGCGUGCAGCUCGUGCAAGGUGACAUUAUUCUAAUUUCAAUAGCUUUCAAUCACUAUCAUCCUUCUUUUUAAUUUUGUAAAAAACAUCUCAUACGUCUUUCUGUUUCUUCCAAACUUCAAAAUUAGUUCUCCCUCAGUUUUUACUGUUUACCUUGUUUUGUUUUAGAGAGAAAAACGGCGAAAAAACCUUACAACUAACCUCAAUAAAUUUUGUUUACAGGCGGUUGCCGGAUUUGCGACGCAUUGCGCGAAUCGCCAUGGCGCGUUGCACCCGAGAAGCUUUGUUUGAAGCAGUACAACGCCACUAUAUCAAAAUAUAUCAAUCUAAUUUUUUGUUAUGUUAUAUAAAAUUUAUCCCCCUUAAACAUAUGUAAAAAUUGAGGUUAAGAAGUGUUAAGCUUUUGCAAACUAAACGGCAAAAGACGAUUAGGUGAUAUUUAGUGGAAGGAGGAGGUAUUCAACACUUUCAAAUUAAACUCAAAUUUUGGCAUUAUACGACAAACAAGUUUGACUUAUAGGCAUACAGACACAAACAUAUGAAACUGUUUAUUGAUAUUGUUAUGAAACGAAUUUAUCUAUUUAACUUUGUAGCCUGAAAUUACAGAAAGAAAAUAGGAUUUCCGGUUUGCAAAAAGGAAAAUUUCGCCGGCCUUCAAGUGCACCGGAUGCGCGAAAAGAGCGCUCGUGCCAGUUCUACUCCGCAUCACGCAUUAAAUGAAGAGCGGAGCGCUCGUUUCACCGCCCAACAUUUAUCCGCCCUGGUUAGAAUAGUGGUAUGUAGACGCUAUGUUCUGGGAUCGAAUCCGCUCUUAUUCGAGUGAAUUUUUUUCCUUUAAAAUUGAAGAGACUUACACUUUGAAAACAUUUGUUGAUCAUAAACUAAGUCUCUCACAGUCUAUUCUUACUCGACGUAUGAUAGUUUGGUCUGGCUGGGAUUCUUCGAUUUGACAAAAUUAUUGAAAAAAUAUCGGACUGCCGUUCAUUUAGUGUUUUGAAAAUCUUGACCGGUUACGGCCCAUAUAGCCGCAGUCUUUACUAUUUUCCAAGCAAAUUGCCUUCUGUUCUAAGAGGGAAUCACACAAGCAGCAUUAGAGCUACGAGCCCGAAAUUUAUGUGUCAUGUGUUUAUCAAAAAUUGAACAUAACUGCCCUCCAAAAUUGUUUGCUAGUGGUGUUUGAUUCGUGACAUGGUUGGCCAAGUUAAUGUUGUGUUUUCAUGGUCGUUUGUCAAACCUAUCUUGUAGCGCACAUCACAGUCGAACAAAUUUCCUUAAACUUGGCAGAUGAAAUAAACAGUCUUUAACUCAAGAAUUUUACGUUUCGUGGAAAUCGCUCGAUUUUUGUGCGAACAGAAAGACUGAACACCAUAGUUAGAAAAUUUGUUCGUAUCGCCAAAUCAAAGCUUCAAAAUAAGUUUCAAUCAUUCAGUCACGGUUGAAAGCGAGAAUGAUUGAUAUACAUAUCAAAAAUCGAGAAUUAUCUGGCCACUUCUGACGCGACGCGAGCACGUUAGAAAAAUACUAAAACUGGCUCAUAAUUAAUUAGUCACCUUUAACGCGAUACUCAAAAGGAAGAUAAUUUCUAAAUUUAGGUCAUCACUGACAAAGAUUUUGGAUUAAGCCCUCUUAGCCUCACAUCACCUUCUACUAAAAACUUUACACUUAAUUUUCCAUUUCUUCACUAUUCCUUGCCUACGGCAGCAUUUCUACCCUUCUAACCUAGUUAUAAGUCUUAAAGCAUUUUUCUCUGCCAUUCACACCGUUUGAACCUUGUGGAGCUGUAUUUACCAUAAAUUCAAAGAUACUUUUGAGGAAAAAUAGCUUUAACGAGUAUUUCAAAGUCAUUUCGCAUUAUUUUCCGCGUUUUUCUCUCUCGGGCUUUAUAAUAGCCUCCCACGCAGGCGUUUUUAGGGGAGCUCGUAUUUCUUCCCUCCCCACAAACGGCGUUUGUGGGGAGGGAAGAAAUACGAGCUCCCCUAAAAACGCCUGCGUGGGAGGCUAGCUUUAUAACGGCCGCUCGAUGAACGCACUCGUCUUCUUUUUCGUUACUCUCGCUGGAGUUCAGGUCGCUUUUCUUUCGGUGGCUAGAAAUCCUUGCCGUGGAAGAUUUAACACUUGUCAAAUCGGCCACAGUCUGCUGUUAUUCUAACAGAGGACGAAUAAAAUUACCCGGUGGUUAACCAGUUGUGUUGCCUGGAAACCUAAAAUACUCGAUGACGUCAUGCCGAAUAGCGUCUUUUGGAGUUUGUUUAUGGUAUGUUGCUAGGCAACUGCGGAUACCAAAGAUUUAUGACCAAAGCGAAAUCUAGCAAGCGUUUUCGCGCGAGUUCGUCGAGAACGUAGAGACGAAAGCCAAAAAAAAACAAAAACAAGACGCUACAGAGCGUACACUUCGGCGUCGUGGUUGUGGAACUAAUUAAUUGUAAAUGCGGAGGAAUAGUAAGAAAUCAAUUAUGAUAAGAGUAAGGUGUUAAUUUGUGAAAUUAUGGGAUUUGUCAGGAUAUUCUGAAAAGAGCAGCAUCCAAGAGGCCUACUAGCCAAAAACUAGCAUUUCGGGACAAAUUGUCUCCGAGAUAUUAGCCCAGUUAUGCUCUGAUGACUCCAUACAAAUCCUUCUAAAAAACAAUUCUCUAUUUUUCUUAGUCACAUCAGGCUUCAAAAACAGCAUAGAAAUCUCAUGUACUGAUUAAAGAUAUGUAAGGCAUUGGUAAGGAGUCAACUACGUUGAGCAUGGAAUUGGCUAAAACUCAAAGUCACGAGUUCGAUUGUUUUGAGGAUAAUUAUUCACUGACUAUGAGCACGCAGGGAUGUCAGAUUAACACAAGGAAGUUUAACACCAAAGGAACAUAGCCUUUACAGAGCUUUAAAACACAGCAUCCGCCAACACAAACUUGACUUGAACUUUGAGUAAAACUAAACAGCCUCUACCAAUAAUAACAAACUCUCACUUGAACUUCAGAUAUCUUACGGCUUCCGCCAACUUGUAAACACAGAACCUGAAAAUCGACCUUCGUCACACUUGACUAAACACAGCAGUCCAGCUCGUGGGAAAAAACUUAGUUCGUCAAAAGAACUAGCUUGGAACUUGUAUACCGUUUGACAUAAGUUCUAGAAAAUACUAAACAGGCGAAUAGCAGUAGCUUUUCGACAUAUUUUAUGAUUUCAGUAACUGAUGCAACUCUGCUGACUCAUGCGGAAAUGUAAACAUGCCCUAAUUAAUUAUUCAUGAAUAAUCCAAAAACGUAGAGAACGUUCGAGAAAGUCACGCAACGCAUGAAAGCAAUUUUACUACGUAACACUCAACAAAGACAAAAUGUCUUUGUGCAGCAUUUUGUAACUUUAAAUUCAUCAUAAAACAGUUCGAAGGGACAGCUCAAUUGUGAAAUGUUUUUCAACACUCGAAGAGAAAUUUCGUGUCUCUGCGCGGCCACGAAAUAUCCUCUAUUUAUUCCUCGAGUAAUUUAAGACUAAACUCGAAGUGAUCUCAAGAUAUCACGAAGUAGUCCGGUCUCAUUUCGUGAAAUAGUUGAAACAAGCCGAAAAGUCACGAACUAACACACCCAAUCUUGUCCCGAAACUAGUGCAUAAUUUCAUAACUAUUUUUCAUAUCCCAAACUACCUUGGGUUGCAGUAGCGCAAUCGGCUAAUCCCUCAACUUAGACCCUGUUUACAUGGAGUGGGGGACCCCGGUCUAGUUGGGUAGGUUUCUUUUGUUUUGUGUCCCCCAGAGCGUGAAAACAAAAGAAACCAACCCCACUAGACCGGGGUGCCCCACUCCAUGUAAACAGGCUCUUAUAGUCUCCUCUUAUCUGACGGGUCACACAGGUGAGUCGGUUCAAACCCCUGGGAAAGCCAAAAUAACAGUUCUUUCUUCCUCGAAAAAGUUAAAGAAUAAAUCAAAGAAAUCGAAGUAAUCUCGAGAUAUCUCGAACUAAUUCGGCUCUCACUUCGUCAAAUAACCAAAUAGAACCGAAAACCUACAGACUUUGCUCGCCCAAUCUUGUCAAAAAAUGGCAACUUUGAUACAUUCCUGAGCAUCGCGAAUCCUUUACUUCGCGCUCCGCCGAAGUAAAAAGCUCCCACUUUCGCGCUACAACUCGACUGGAAACGCUUGCCACGCAGGCUAAGCGAAAUCGCACUCCGCUUGCGAUCCGCACGCGACAAAAUUAUAAACUCGCUCCGCGAGAAUUGUAAAAUCACUCACUGGAAGUCACUAGGUACAAGCCGUAUGCAGUGGCUUUGUCAAAGCGGCAGCACUAAACUAACACGGAAUACGGAAUCUGUGGUAAAGGUUUCAAGCGAUCGAUUUGAAAAAAAUAUGUAUAUUAGCUAUAACGAUAGAAUAAAUAAAAAGAAAAAAUGAAGACAAAAAUCAAUAAAUUACUUGGGCAGAGGAGACAGCUGCAUGACUAGAGGAGUCGAUUCCGGUGAAAAGACACUUUAUAACACUUCGCGGAAAUGAAUACAAAUUCGCCUGGGACAGCAAAGCGAGAAGAAAAACUAUAGCUAAGACAUCACCGACAAUUAGGCGUUUAAGAAAGAGGUAAGUUAUAUAUAACUUAAAGGCCUCGUCGUUUUUUCCCGGGUGUCUUUUCUGGGUUGUAGCUGGUUGUCUUCAGCAGUCUUCAACUUUCUUCAUCCAAUACAACAUACUAGAUAGAUAGAUAGAUAGAUAGAUAGAUAGAUAGAUAGAUAGAUAGAUAUUUAGUCACGGUAGUUUUAUCAGCUAAAGCGCUGGUUUACAUAAAAGCCGGAUUAAAACUGAAUUUAUAUAUCUAGCACAGUUUCGAGUUAAUUCUAAUUGUGAAAAAAAAAAAAAAAAAAAAAAAAAAAUAUAUAUAUAUAUAUAAACAUACACACCGUAUGUAAAACUAAAUAUUAAUUUAGUAACUAGGAUUAUAGUAAGGAAUCAAAGAAGCUGGGAAGCAAGCGGUCCAAUUUUAGACUGCAAAACAGUCCGUAUUUUUGCGUAUUCAAGUACGCGCGAGCAGUCAAACAAAAGGUCUGGAAUGAGGCUGAAGACAGAGAGCUAGACUGGGGAGAGACGCUAAAAAUACGGACUGUCCGUUUUGCAUACGUGAUAUUCGUUCGAAUUACCCGCUUCUCCCAGCCACGGGCAAUUCCCAUUGGCUAAAUUUUGAUGCAAGCUGUCACCAAGCUAUCAAGUAAUGUUUUCAACAUGUCAUUCACGUUGUUCGAUACCGUGAUGAAUUGCUAAAUCUUUCGCUGUAAAAUGACAGAUGUUGAUCGCCUGGAUUUGCUCGCAAGAAUUGGGAUUUGUUUUAAAAUCGGAGCAGAGGGAAGCUUUGGAGUUGCUACUCAGGGGAAAGGAAGUUUUCUGUGUUCUACCAACAGGAUUUGACAAAAGCCUUAUUUAUCGGAUGUUUGUUCAUGCAAAGAGUUCUUCAAGUUCAGUGCAACGGCCGACCGUCAUUGUUAUCUCGCCUGGCUAAAAAAGCGGGAUCGGUAGGAAACACACAACUUUUACCUCAUGCAAACAUGCCGCUUGUUCCAAUGAAUUGUUUUCUCUGUCGAGUAGAUUAUGCUUUGGAGGAAAACGUUUUGACUGAGCAAAUGUGAAUUUUGGCCGCUUAUUAAAUAUAUUUCAUACUGAGAGGUCGUGACACGCAUAUUGAUUUUCUCUGGUAGGCAUGAUUUGCCCUCUGACGCAAGAGCAUUUUCUUUCUUGGCCCCUUUAGAAAUGUAAAGCUCUUCAUUGCGGCUUAUUAAGGGUUUAGGUUGUUUUAUUUCUCCAAAGUGCCUCCUGGAUUUGAAUAAUUUUAAGCGAUUUUCUUUGUGUCCGUGAAUGUGACUUUCUCCUGCAAUGUUUUGUCACGCUGGGACCAGUUCGUUAGAUAGCGUUUUUGGCAGGAUUUUAAAGGGGCUAUGUCACCCAACACGCAUGCGCGAGCCAAUGAGAACAAACUUGAAAAAGACAGCCCAACUUUUUCAAGUUGUGUCGGAGAUUUUGGAAGGCUGUUUUUAUCUGUCUAAAUCUCAGCCAUCGUUCGAUAGUUAGCGAAGUUUUGUCUUAAGAAUCAUUCUAUGGUGAUUACAGAACAAUUUUUUGGCGUUAUUUUAAAAUUGUUUGCCUGUGGAAUGUUUUUACGUGGAUUUACUGUGUCCUCUUAUCAGCGGCCGUUGUAAUGGCAGAGUUAAUGACGGCUACUCCACAAUGAGUGAUGGAAUCUUUGAUGGAAUCUUCCCUAUAGUUAACAGGACCUUUCUAUUGAGUUAUUUUAGAGGCUGCUGGCUCUUGGAUUUUUCUUGUGCUCAAAGUAUGUGGACAUAUAAUGAAGCGGCUAUCGAGUUGGCGGCGGCCGUUUUUUGUAAACGAUUACAAGAGCAUCAGGCCAUGAGUUUCGUGACGAAACUAAACUCCUGGCGAAGGAAACAUUCUAAAAUUCGGCUAGAUUCCUUCUUGUAUUUAUCUCGAUUCACGGCAAAGAUAAACACGACCGUUUGCUCGUCCAGAUUGCUCUCAACGGACUUAGAGAGGCACCUUGGUACGAGUUAGAUCCUGUAAAUGCCAUGUUUUUGAACUGUUUGUGUUGGAGCAUAAUUUUGGAAAAUAGCAGAGUUUACUUUCCCUUUUUAUCAACGGACUGCUUAUAGUGGAGUAGUAUACCAAUGAUGCUGGGUUCUGUUUUUCUCGACGUCGCAGUGAUUCGGCACGAUCGAACAAUUUUGCGCGAUAAUGUAUGUUUCCCUAAGAUCAAAACAAAGACUUGGUCUCUUGUUCUAUCAGCAUCUAAAUUAUAAAAUCAAUAGCGACAGACAAGUCUAAUUGUUAAUGAUUUGAAACAGUCUUGGUCUUUAUCUUCGGUCUAGCGUCUUUUGUAGCUCAUUUGUAAAAUACAACUUCCAUUUAUUUUGUUGAAUAAGACAAUAUGUUGUUGUUGAAUUUUUGUUUGCGCUCUAUUUUAUGAAUGGCAUGCGUUUUUACUUCAAAACUACAAGUAAAAUUGUCGUCGCAAUUUUAUUCUUGAUCUAGCAUAACCAGAGAAGAAAAGUUCCAUAAAUUCUAUCGAAAUAUCCCUUAUCUAAACCCAUUUCGCUAAACCUCUCUAAAUUCGGAACCUUGGACGUGACAGAGAACAUGAAGAAAGUCACGCGUUAAAAACAAUAGAAUUUUGACAGUUGAAAGUAAUUUGCAUAACCUCACAGCGCACAUGGAGAAAGUCACGCGUUGAAAACAAUAGAAUUUUGACAGUUGAAAGUAAUUUGCAUAACCUCAGAGCGCAUGCUCUCCAGCUGACAUAGCCCCUUUAAAUUCUCACAGAUAGUAAUUUACAGAGCUAAAUCACCAAGACGUGGUUUGGAAUGAGGGGAUUUACUCAUUCUUUUCAAUCGCAAUAAUUGUUCAUUGUCAGUUGACGUGUUCAGUUGUUCUCUAAUUUGCGAAAGCAUCGCCGUGUAGUUUCCCGGGGCAAUUUCUAACCGUUGUUCCGCACGGAGAGCAAACUUCUCUUGUGGAGAAAGAUUCUCCUUCCUCGAGGACAACGAAAAGUUCGUUUUUCAGUAGGUCGGCCCACUUUGGUAACGUUUCCCCUUUUCUGGUAGGCGCAACAAACGCAUUUUCCGAGCUUAUCCAUCCAUUCGUAAAAUUGCCGAACUGUGUUUUGAAACAACAGCCGCACAUUCUACAAUUUGUCCAAAGCCCUCGGCUCUUUCGGCUUUCUCCCUCUUCGAGGAGCAGGCAUAGGCUUAGUUGUCGUACUGCCACUUUCACUCAUUUUUGAUCCUCCACUAUAUAUACCACAUUUCACUAUAUACACUACAUUUCACAGGGAAGCAACGCUAAAAACUGCUUUAGAAUUACUGGAUUACAGCGUCAAUAAUUAACACGCGAGUCUAUCAAAUUCACAAAGAGGGCGGAGUUGCGAACAGAUUUUUGACAGCUCGACGACAUUUUUGAACCCCCUGGUCGGAACGAACUCAUUGUAUGGAAAACGGACAGUCGGUCUCUCGCCUCACACGCCCUACGGGCGUGUGAGGCUCGCGCGCUUCGCGCGCGUAAGACUCUUACGCCAUUCUUUACCGAUUUCUUUACUGAUUCUGAGGAAAAAACCGACUGUUUUGCAGUCUAUCCAAUUUAGAUUUGAAUAAGUUCAUUGACUUGCAUUCACGCAAAUCGUCGGUAACUUAUUCUAAAUAAAAGCGUCCCAAUAGCCAGAACGUUUUUUAGCCAUGAUUGAAUAGAAAAACAAAAUGAUAAAAUACACGUCAUAUUUUUAACGUUACUUUAGGUACAUUGGCGUCUCCAAUAAGGAGUGAUGGGCAAGACAUGCGAGAAGACCCCUGUCUAGAUCCUACAAAGAAUACUUCUGAUUUUGUUGUGUUCAGAGUGAGUCGGUUUGCAUAUAGAGCCAGCUACACACAUUUUCUACUAGGUCUAUAUUUCCCGGGCUAUAUUUAUCUUGCGCUCAAUUUCAAACUUGGAGGAGCCAGCUACAGUAAGGUUAGUUUCAUCUGCAUACAUUUGUGUGUCACUGAAUUCUUAACAAGUCGAUAGGUCGUUGAUAUAUAUAAAAAAUAAUAGAGGGCCUAGGACAACACCUUACGGUAUGCCGUAACGGAGAGUUUUUAUCUUAGAAAGUUGACCGUCGACUAGGCAAAAUUGCCCCUAGCCUGCGAGCAGCAGACGUUUCUCCUGCUAUGAGCGAGGAGAAACGUCUGCCGUUCGCAGGCUAAAUUGCCCCCGGUCACUAAGGUAUAAAGUAAACCAGCGCACUGUGGAAUCAGACGCGCCGUAGCUUUGCAGUUUUCGAAGAAGAAUUGAGUGGUACGUAUUAGAUCUAUAUAUACAAUUGAAUUUACUAGACGAUUGUCUAUAUUUAGGGACCAGUCAUCAACGGCAUUUAGAAGACCUGUUAAGGUGGAAUGAAAUUUACGAAAACCGGAGUUGGCAGUUUGUGAGCAGCUUAUUAAGCUGGAGAUACACAUACAGUUGAUAGUAAAUAAUCCUCCCAGACUUAAGCAAUUGCAGAUAUUACAGAUAUCGGUCUGUAAUUAUUGGUAUCUGAACGUGUCCCACUUUUAUACAAACGGACUGGGAUAACUUUUGCUAAUUUCUAAUCCUUCGGGAAAACUCCAUAGCGAAGCGUAUUUUUAAGGCUUCAGCCCGGUAUAUUAUCCUGUCUGGUUGAAGACAGACAGACUGUUGUUAGUGUUUUUAUUAUGCACUCUUUCUGCUGUCGUGCAAGAAAGCGGAAAUGAAGUUGAACGGGAAGGCAAAUAUUUAACAAAAUCGGGAUUACCUUGGUCGGGUCCAAAGUUCUCGUCAGCCAACUGAAAUGUUCCGGUUGAAAGCAUCGGCGAUGCCUGACGGGUUUGUGAGAGUAUCUUGAUUCUUGUAAAUCAACUUCAUGACUCGUUGAUUUUUUUUAUUCCUUCUUGUCACUUCGUUUACUGCCUCCAAGCAUCUCUAGGUUUAGAAGUGUUACCGGUAAUCUCACCUUUAUAAUGUUCCUUUAUCAACUUCAUUUCAACUUCAUUUUUGAUUUUUGCAGCACAGCCAGUCAUUCUGAUCGUUUUUUCUGAUCAUCAUGAGUUUUCUUGAGAUAGUCACGAUAGCGCAUUUUUGAGAGCACAGUUUGGUUGAUCCAGGGGGACUGGUUUUGUAUUGCACGUCUAGAUCGUGUUGGCGCAUGCAUGUUUGUCACAAUUUGAUUUCCAUUUUCCCACAUGGUAUCAGGAUCGUGUACGUGUUUGUCUAAAUUAGACGAUGGUACAUUCGUUAAUUCUGCUACAAAUGCCUGUUCAUUAAUUUAAAUGUUUGUAUGAGCGACAGCGAAUGUAUCUGUGGCCUGGCCGGAAUAGAAAUUACAACGAUACGCAUAGAUUGAUACGUUUUGGUUCAAGUUACCAUGACAUACUCCUGAACAUACCACCUUAUCAGGGACGCGUAAGAACAUGAUCGAUUAUAGAUUCAGGGGUAAGAAAGUAAGUAAGUUACUCAUUUGCUUGUCAUGUCAGUUGUAAAGUCAAGUAUUUUGGGAAGGUAGCGAGCGUUAAAGUGAGUUUUCGAGGGGGAGACAAUGUUCUGUCAUUUUCGCUGCUAUGUCGUUCUAUGAGCCUAAUCGGUUAUCAGCUGUGGAUCAUUGUGGAUCACGAACACAAUCAAUGAAAUCUGCUAAAAACGAUUCAACUCAACAGAAUCGUUUUUAGCAGAUAACAUUCCUGUUGUAGUUCACUACUUUUUCUAAGGAGAUGAACGAAACAAAGAGGCGAACAAACUGUUACAAUUGACGUCAUUAUCGUCGUAAUUUGCCCCGGCAAAGAGGCGAAUGAAACAAGCGACUUGCUUACCGAGGUCGGCAAACUGAAUUAAGGUUUUCCUCUUCAUUUAAAAUACUUAUUUGCAUUGAUCUCAUGAAGUAAAAAAGUGAUUACAUCAGAAACGAUAUUCCGUGACAAUUCGGUAAGUCAAAGAUGCUUUCUGAAACCUCUCUUUUAAAUAUGUCUUUAUUGUGUAUUUGUCAAUAAGAAUCCAAACUGAUUUUUGAGUAUGCAUUUUACACCAAGAGAGGAUAAAGGGGACAGAGAAGGCAUCCCCCAUACACACCCUAUUCCAUAGGUAAUUCGUCUCGAGUUAGUUUUAAGACCACAGAUCCCAAGAGGGGAUUAGACAACAGCCAAUCACAUCGCGCAAAUGUGUUCCGCGUGGAUGACACACGCUUAGAGCCACGCAUCCUUCACAAAUUGACGCCGAAAAAAUGGCAGAAGACGCGGAGAGCGAUAUUGCUAUUUGUUUUGUCGACGAAAACGACUAAAGAGAGAUUUCUGCUAAAGCUGUGUCAGCGAAACGGAAAUUAAAAAAGAAUCACUCUUCCUCUCUUGUAUAGAGCUAACAGUGCAGCAGGGAAAUCCUUAACACACUGAAUAUUCUCUCAGGAUCAUUUAUAAUUUACAGUCUGAAGAGAGCAAUUUCUGGUUUGAUAUUUAUUCUUUUAUUAGUCUUUUAUUAUUCAACAAAAAUAACACUUGGCGUCCUACUUGCUUUAUUAUACAAACGACCGGUUUCAAUAGACCCGGGAAAUUUCUCAUUUUAUUAAAGCACUGAGGCUACGAAAACUUCGAGUUAAACUGAUUUCACGGGUUUUCAAAGAGUCCGGCGAGGUGAGCGCCGACUCAUUUCGCUUCAAUAUUCAGAAAUGCUCUCGAUCUCUUAACGCUUUCAUUGCCUUUCGCCCGACAUGUUUUGCACGGCGUUUAGUCAUGCGAAACCUCCACGAAACAUCCACGCAACGUGCGAGGUAACUUUAUCCCGAUUCUAAAAAUAACUCGAGAAGAAAUACCUAUGGAAUGUGUAUGGGGGAUGCCUUCUCUGUCCCCUUUAUCCUCUCUUGUUUUAAAUACAACCUUUCAUUAAAGAACGUUUAUUUUAUAAACAAACGGAUAAUAUGUUAGUGAGAUAUAUUAAUGCUUGUUGUUAUUGAUUGAAAUCUUUUAGCCUGCGUAGCAGGCGCUUGGAAGUUGUGGGCGAAAGAAAGAACAGGCGCGCGCGAGGGAGACACGCGGGGGGUUGUUUGCAUUAUGCUCUGUGUUUGUUUUUAUUUGAAACUAAUUCUAAGAUUAAGCAGGUUCCGAAUUAAGGUCACACAUACAAAGCUGAAGAUAAAAACAAGCUUUAAAAAUACAACAUAACUCAACUGUGUAAUUCACUAUUUUUCCUUUUGUCUCGUCACGCAACGCUGGAGACAAAAACGGAUGCGAGGGAGACAACAAAAAACUUUCUCCUCCCAAUCUUACAACCUUGAAGACCAUUUGAUAUCCUAAGGUCCCUAAGCUGAGAUACAAUAGAUUAUUUACUACCGUUCCACCCCUUGAUCUUUCUACAUGGGGCCGCACUUCACUUCCAAUAUCGAACCUUUAGUCUAUACCUUAACACUGUACAAGAUAGCAACGUAAAAAGGAGAUGUGUUAGGUUUGCAAAUCUCGGCACAAACACACUCCAAGUUGUCAGGUAAAAGGUCUUUUGGUUCAUUAUAAACAACCCCCCAGCAGCACGGUUUCUGUCCUUUCGUAUUAGAUCGUAACCUGGUAUGUGAACCUUAUGGUCAGAUAUACUGGGAUCUAGUCUGGUCUCGUUAACUGCUAAAUAUCAAGAAUAUCAUCAAUAUGUUUAGGAACGCUUACAGUAUUAAUUGCCGCUAACUUAAACCCCCUUACCCUAGGCAGCGCAUUUUGGAAAUCACCCUGAUUUGAAUCACCAACUUCUUUGAUUACAUUUGCUAAUGUCGACGGAACCUCCUGUCUGGAGUUUUGUUGGUGGAUAGAUCUAGGAAAAGCCGGCUUAACUGACUGAAAAUAUUUGGGUUGUGAAAAUCCAAAUUGCUCCUGGGGUUCUUGGGUCCUCUUUUAGUGCUCGUAGCAAAAUUGGAUCUUAGGAAGUAAAUGAAACGAACAGCAAGAAAAGCAGAGCCCUUUGCGUUCAGGUGCAGACAGCCUUGCACUAAGCAGGUGUUGUUGAUCUUUGAGUUGUCUAUGUAGUUUAUAUCGUGAACAGUUGCAAACCAAUUCGAUUGCUUCUAAUUAACUACUGAAGAGAACCAAGGCAUGGUGCAGUACAAAAAGAAGAUAGAAUUGCGCAUACAUUUGCAUGAUUCCCCAACUGAUCAAAAUAAUGGGUCAUGUUUAAUAAGCCUCUUUAAAUUUAGGGAUAUUCCGGACUGAUAAUUAGGGGUGACGAAUGGUCUUUGCGAGCAUUCGCGAGUAUGCCGAGCACUGCGAUUUUUUUGCGAGCACGAGCAGAGAUAAAAAAAAAUUGCUUUGCGAGCAGCGAGCAGUUUAAAGAGUACAACUCGCGAGCAGCGAGCACUUCUUAGAUUCUUAUAUUUUCCGCUCGCAGCAAUCCAUAUGGAAAUCCUCUUCUUUAAAAUAAAACAGAAAAUAUUUUAAAACGGGGUUUUAAUCUUUAAUUUAGAACCCACCAAGUUCUUUGAAGCUAGUUUGAGUGACUUUAUCGAGAUCUAACCAAUUACAGUCGCGUUUGAUGCCAAAUGACGUAACAUUUUCGCUUCACUUCAUCACGCACGUGUUCGUAUGGAUCAGAAAGCAAAGGUCACAAGAAGAACAACCAGAUGUAACAACCAUAUAUGACCAUGCAUAUAUAUAGCUAGAUUAGCUAAUUUAUUAUUUCGGCGUUGUCAUUUAUCGCAUACAUUUCCACUGAACUUGAUAGCCAUAUGUAUAGGAAUUAAGCACCAUACAGAAUUACAUUUACUUUAACCCAAAGGCGUGAGGAUUUAAAAAAUUUCGAGCAAUACUGACAAGAAAGCGAGCUUGCGGGCAACUGCAAAAAUUUGCCGGGAGCACGAGCAAGCGAGCACUCGUUUACAUUUUGCGAGCAAAUCGAGCAAAGGUAAAAUUUUGCGAGCAGUUAAAAAUUUUAAUGGACCAUUCAUCACCCCUAUAAUUAAUUCUUUCGUCUCCGUGGACAGUUCAGCGGCCUUUUCGACUCAUGAGAGCUGAAAAUGAACUCUCAGAAGCAAAACAAAAAAAAGAUAUAACCUUUUGUUAGCGACUUAACUUUGAACUUGAUGUUGAAUGACUGAGUAGACGAUUGGGUGUCAAAACACAAAAAGCUCUUAUUUCUCUUCUUUCGGGAACUAAGCAAUUUUUUUCGCGCUCUUGGUCGGAUGUUUGUUUCUUUCUAUUUUUGCCAAUUUUACCCGCCUUUAUUGACCAAACGCGCGCCCUGCAUCAAGUGUUUCUGUUGAUAGUGAGCACAAGGGGGUAAAAAUUUCGCGCAUUUUUUUUGAAAGUGGCGAAUGCUUAUGUCCCUUGACUAUAAGUAAAGUUUGGAGAAUCGCUAGGCUUUUCGUUAACUUUUAACUUACCAAAACGGAUCAAAGUUGAUCGGUGGGGGUAAAAGGAGGAAUUAGUUUGCAGAAUAGCAUUUGGCAUGGUUUGCGGAAUGACAUAAUUAUGCGGAAUAUAAAAUAUGGAAAAUGGCGCAAAAAAAUAAAUUAAACUAAAAAGCAUGCGCGCGUCUUUGCUGCGCCUUUUUUUGGCGCCAAUUUGAGCGAGCAACUGCUCUGCUGGUCCACUUAUUACUGCUGGCUCAAACCAACAAGGCAGGGUAGAAAGUAGGCGAUAAGCUUUACUGCAUUCUUGUACGCCAUUACAAUAUUGUCAAAUGUCAAAACGCCUUACGGAAAAGAACGCUUGUUGAACGUGAAGUCGGGCUUGCUACAAUUCUAAGGAUUGUUAAUUAAUACAGUGGACGAAUCAGAUCAUAUUUGAGACUAAAUGAACGCCCCGAGUCAAACAUUAAUCUGUAAUCCAGAAAUCGAGUGAAGCGAACUGCUCUCUGUCUCCUUUCGGCCUUUCCGAGUGUCUAGCACCUUCAUUGUUUAUGUGAGUGUGUGCGCUUGAUCGUAAAAAAAAAAUGCUAAAACGGUAGGAAGGGCCAAAAAAGAGAAAAAGACACACAUUCAAUUGCCAGGAUUCGAAGUCGCCCUUCUCCGCCAGCUGUUAGCUUCGCGUACCGGAAACAUAACCACGCAGUAAAGGAAACAAAUUACAAGGUCCGUUUCAUCUCUGAAUAUUAUGUCACGAUCAGGUAAUCCACCGUCUGAAAAAGAAACACUACUCACGUGGUUUCAAGUACAAAUAUAGGUAAAAGGAAGCUGUUAAGUUAAACGUGCCAACAUCUUUUGCAGAAAAAAUGAAAGUAGAAGGGAGCGUGACCUCCCAAAACAUCUUUUCUUCAAUGGUCGACUUUCGUGAUGUAGUAUCGGUGCUGCCAUGCAGCCCGACUAAUAUAGGCAAGAGGAAUCUUUGUGGCUGUGCUGAAAAGGCUAAUCCACAUUAGUAAAUUCCAACUAGUGGUCUAUUAUCAAUGCUGCGUUCUGAUUGGCUGAGUUACUACUAGGCUAUAUGUUAUAGCUCACUAGUAGCGAAAGCACCGGCUCUGAAAACCAAAACAAUGGCGGCUGAAUCGUGUUUUGCUAGCUAAAGUUGUUUUGUCUCGAUAUUUUUUACUAACUAGUUGGAUUUUACAAAAACAAUUAUUCCUCUCGCCCUCAUGGCCUCUGAGUCAAUAGCCCAUUCGGGCUUGAUGAGCCUUCGUGGCCAUGAUUGUCAUCGCAACAUUAAAACAGCGGCGCCCGCAACAUUAAAACAAGGGUUUUUGUAUAUUUAUCUUUUUUCAUUUCCCAGUUUCUAGUCCUUCUGUAUUGAAUGGUUUGCAUUUUUAUUUUUCAUUGUGUGACAGUGCAAGCCGAGAAUUAAUGUCGUACCCAGAUCUCUUGUCAACUAAGCCGAAGGCGCGAUUUAGGCAGUACGAGUUUGGCAUACGACUUUUGCAUGCGACCAGUAUACGUUAUGAGUUCAGGAUCUCGUCGUGUAGAUUAGUCCCACGACACCCGCACGACGGGUGUUCACGAUUGGCUAGAUUGUGAGGGAAUGACAUGAGUUUUGUCAUUCAUUCUUUGCAAAGCCUUCAGGUUUGUUGAAGAAAUAUUUUCGCUGAAGAAGUACAAAUUUUCCUUCGCAAUAUAGUUUGUAAAACAAUUUUUAUCUUAUCUUGAAAGAAUUUUUAAAAAACUCUCUCUCGGUUCAAAAUAAAGACUUUUGAAAAGGAUAUGGUAAAAAAAAAUCGCGUUGAAAUUAACGCUUAAGCACCUAUCAAUGUAACCCCGCGGGGGUGGGGAGUACCGACAAUAGGCGGGGAUUUGACGUGAAAUCCAUUCCCUGGGUGGGAGGUUUGAUCGAGUACACGUGCUCGAGGGAAGAGACAGAGCAUUUGACUGAGACUGUGAGAGAGUAGUGAUUGUGGCUACAGAGCGUCGUUCUUUCUGACUGUGUAUCUACUGAAAAUAGUAAAAAAAAGCAUGUCGUUUGUUAGUUUAAUUGAUGUUUAUUUCCUAGUUUGGUGACAUCUUAGUUGAGAAAAGGUGUUUAUUAUAAUUUUGCGUCGAAUUCUUUUACAUCUGUACCUCUAUAACGGAACAAAUAUUUUCAUAAAAGCGCAAAGUCUUUGAUAAAUGAAUGAAACAAAUAUGUCAGUAAAAUCUUUUUUUUUAUUUUCAUUGUUUGCAACGUUACCAACCUCGUCCCCAGGGCUCCAAAGCCACCUCCAAAGCCAGGGAAAAGCGCCCUGGGGAGGUUGCAACGUUACUUUUUCAUGGAGACAACAUACAACAUGUAGGGAGAUAUAGGUUAAAUCAGGGUUGUGAUAUUCAACUUACCCCCACGAGGUUUACAUUUAUAGGUGCAUGACUGCUUUGAGCUGUGCUUAAAGGCCUGUUUACAUGGAGUGGGGGACUCCGGUCUAGUGGGGUUGGUUUCUUUUGUUUUCACGCUCUAGGGGACACAAAACAAAAGAAACUUACCCACUAGACCGGGGUCCCCCACUCCAUGUAAACAGGGUUUAAGGUCACGGAGGACACCGUGGGCUCAUUGUUAAGUCGACAGCUUUACGAGAUACUCAUCACUGGAAAAAGAGGAGCACAUAAUUUUGAAGUGUUCACGUGCACUUGUGGCACGGAGACUGCGAAAAAAAAAGUUUUUAUUCAAAAGUAAGAAACGUGCUCUGGACGGUGGUAUACCUUGUUUCAGUGAUUUUUAAAUCAAUAAAAGAAAGGAGAAAAUAGCGAAAUCUUUAGAAAUCUCAAACAAAUUUGAUAUUUUAGCUGUUUGUUGUUUUUUUUUACACCACAGAAAUGUUAGAAAACAUGGCAGCUUACAAACAAAAUUAAUGCGUGGAAUGUAAUUAGCCAUAAUUACCAUAAUAUUUAUAUAUCUUGCUUAGAACUCGUGCUUUAGUCGGGCUUUGUGUCCAAGAAUUCAACAGCUUUCAACGAAGAUAAAAAACUUCACGUAAACGUGAUAAACGGUGUAUUUCAUAUUAGUGCUGCAAGAUAUCUGUUGUUCUUUGCAAAGUUUCGGAGUCAUCGCGUUAAAAACGACAAAGUUAUGACGAAAAGUUUGUCAUAGCUCAACGAGCCUUUAUUAAUGAAGAAGCCACCUUAACCAGAAUUUAGUUUCGUCUGUGGCACAGGCCAGUAAUUACCGUGAAUAUGUCAUUUGUGUUUUUUUGGCAUUUUGGCGUUUUGGCCAUCUGCCCAUUUUUAAUUUUCUUAUGUAUUACAGCCAAUAUUCUUGAUAAAAUGAUUUAAAAACUAUUUCAUUCCCUCAAAAUACACCCACAACCACGAUCCUUUGUGUAAUCUCGGCAGAACAAUGACUGAUGAUAUUAUGCAUCGAGGAGGUGGUGAAUCUGCUGGUACAGCCAAUCCAGGCUUUAAUCCCUUGGGUGCAAGUGGUCUUGACGCAAGCUCAGUCAAUAGCAACAGUUGUGGUGGUGACAAGAUGCUGACUGACCCACUGUGUCCUGGCAGCUCAGCAGGUAGAGGAAGUGCUGCUGAGACGGGAGACGCUUCAAAGAUUGUAAGUUAACGUAUUGUAGACUCAUAUAAGUUAUGUUAUUGUACAUUGUACUCAACAUAUGUCUUCUUAUUGCCUAAGAACUUACAGUUAAUUUGGGAAAUCAGCGCAACCUACAGAUUUGUUGUUAGUUAUCUGCUACCAGAUUAGGUUGCGCGCAAAGCAUGAUUUCUUUAUUUUCUUCAAAACAAUGUAUAAUAAAAUAAUUAUUGGAUUCGGUUUUUGUCAUAACCGGAAAAAUCAAGGUCUCGGUAAGUGUUAUCAGCCACGGCCUUCGGCUCGGCUGAUAACAGUUACCUCGAAGUUGAUUAUUCCGGAUAUCAAAAAAGAUAUCACAAAAACCUCAUCCAAUAAUUGUAUAUGGAACAUGCACUGGACAAGGGAGUGAACUAAAAAUACUCUGUAGAAGUCCAGAUGUAACAACCUCAAAUUUCUCGUCAUUAGAAUUAAUUAAUUCUAGUUCUCCUCUUGGCAUGGUUGCGGAGAAGGGGGAGGAGUACGCUGGGGCUCCAAGGCUUUUCCCUUAGAAAAUGGGAGGGAAGGGAAAAACUUGAUAUGGCAUUUCACACAGCAAUAAUUUGUUACACUCAGGAUUUUAGGGUGUACGACGGGACAAGUGACCAGCCGAAGCAAGGGCCUUUUCGAGUCCCUCCCAUUUUAUUUAUUUUAUUUUAUUUUAUUCGCCUCACAAUAAUAUUAACAACAAUUAUAGGAAAAGGAGGAGACUUAACAGAAACUAUGGGAGCUUAUGAGAGGUUAGGCCUCCUUAACUAUGGGCUAGAGCUGUUUAACAUCAAUUAAAGAAAAGAUGGCGGAAAGUUGAAGAUGAAAAGAUUCAUGAACUGUUUUAAUAUAUUCAACGAUUUAAUCUUUAGUACUUUUUUAAAAGAGGAAAGCGAUUGAGAGUUGAUGACCUCGUUGUCAAGUGAUUUAAAAAACUUAGUCCUUGAAAAAAGGGCGAGAACUUCUUACUAGUGUUUCCUCGACUAUACGGUAGACGGUAGGCCUGGGAAUUUCUUGUAUUGUAAGAGUGGAAUUGAUUGCUUUGGGAGAAAUUGUUAUUAAACCUUGGAGGUAACAAUGGAUUUUUGCAAGAAAACAUAAAUUGGCCCAGUUGAAGCAAAUGGAUAUCAUAGAAUUUUAGUAUACCGAGGUCCUUAAAGAGAUGGGGUAUGUAUGAGCAUUGAAAUGUGAUUAGCAUUAAUAAUUCUGAUAAUGUGCUUUUACAGGAUAAUAAGGCGGCGGAGAUUGGUUUUAUAGGUCGAAGCCCAAACUAUCUUGCAGUAGUAAAAAUAAGGAUAAAAUAAGGAAUAGUGGAGCAUGCGUAGAGACGUUUUAGGAAGAAAGAAGCUGCAUCUAGAUAUUAUACCGAUUGACUUCGCAACUUUAUUUGCAACGUCGUGUGAUAUUUCCGCCAUUUAAUUUAGGUUUUCCUCCAAAAUUACUCCUAGAAAAUUUGUCUUCUUUACUUUAACAAUAUUUUGAUUAUCUAUACUUAUUUGAAUAUUACAAAUUAUACGUUUUUGUCGUGGUUUAAAGACCAUAACUAGUCUUUUUAAGAUUUAGAGAAAGCUGGUUUGCUUCAAACCAGAUUGACAGUUUGUCCAUCUCCAAGUUUAACAUAUCUGAAAGAUAGUUCAGAUCUUUAUAUGACAUGAAUACGUCGGUAUCGUCGGCGAACAGAAAGGAGAAGCCCUGGGGACGAGGUUGGCUGGGAUUAAAUUUGAAGUGGAAACGACGCAACAGUCUGACGCACCAAAUAAAUUGUAAGGUGAUCGUCUGAUGUGGUGUAGUGCCGUCAUGGCGUCACUGGCAUUUUAUCCACAGGCCUCUCCAGUUCUGGGCUCCCUGGAUAGCGCUCUGAGCGACAACCCAUGUAUCCUCACAUAAACUGGAAAACGAGGGAGAAAACGAGUGACCGGAAAAUGAAUUUGUGCAUAAAACGAAAAACUCUUAAGUAGAGUCUCAGUAGCUUCUUAAUCCCAAUUUCAAUUUUCCUCAAAUCCCGUAGUCUCCAGUGUCUUUAUCUUCUAAUUCUAAUAGCAAUCAAUCAUGAUUUAAACACAGUGCCUGGAUAAUUAUGUUUUGCUCAGUCUUUUUUAAUCGUCACAGUUCGAGGACACAGACACAGAAGACACAGAUGAGGAGAUUACGCCCCAGGAACCCGCUGAUAAUAAGGGGCAGGUACUUAAGAUGUUUCUCUAUUUUCCCUUAAGAUUUGAUAACUUUAGCUUCAUCACUAUGAUUUAAUUUAAAGGUAAUUUCAUUGAUACUCCUCCUACUACUACCACCACCACCACCACCACUACCACUACCACAACCACUACCUACCAGUAUCACUACUACUACUGCUCUACUGCUAUUACUACUGCUACUCUUGCUGCUAAUAUUGCUGCUACUGCAACUGAUACUGCUUCUACUCCUACUACCACUUAUAUUUGUCUGGAAACGAGAGUGAUUAACGCUUAAAACGAUUGGCCUAAUUCGCUCAAACCGGCUGGCGUUAACCAAAUUUGCGCAAAGUAUCCCCUGUAAGGGAUUAAAUGCAAAACCACAAAAGAGUCUACUCAAUUACAGUUUGGCCUCUUACCCGGAGAGAUUGUUGCGUCGGAAAUAAAUAAUAGGGACUUUACAAUCCAACGAAGCGAUGCAGCUAAAAAGCUGCUUAAAAGGUGAAUUUACGUUCUUUCAGUCUUUAUCGGCGAUUAUUCCUACCCAUUUACUUUAUUAAAAGUAGGCGAACCCCUCUGCAGUUGAAUUCCUAGGAUCUCUAUCCACGUUCAGGAAGAGAAAUAACAUUUCGUCGUCGCUUGUUUACGUCCUCCAUAAAAAGUAAAAACUGGGCAUUUUCAUGACGUAGUCGUGCAAAAACGGCAAAGAAAUGUCCAGAUUUGUUGUUUUGCCUUCUAAAACUAUUUUUUUUAUUUUCUCGUUGCCGUCGCGUCGUCGGAUCGUAAGUCUCUAAUUCAGUUAAGUCGUAAGAAAUUCACUGAUGAAAAAGAAGAAGUGUUUAGUUUGCAAAGGUAAUAUUGAAAUACAGUGUACUUUUAACACUGAAGUCGUGCAGUUGUAAGGAUAAUGAUAUUUUAAGUUUAUUUGUAAAGGAAAAUAGACUCAAAAAUCAACAUUGAUCAUAUGUAACUUCAUAUAAUUUUCUAACAGUCGAUAAAAGAGCCCAUGUAUAGUUUUGCAACAAUUAAAGGUGCAUGUUCUUUGCAGUAUCCCAUGUACGUUUUCCAUCUCUAUGCUGAUGAAAGUGUUGAGUCCGUGAAGAUCGUCACAGAGAAGCCCAUGCUCCAUGGUAGUCUGACCUUGGCCCUUAAGCCUUGUUCAGAGGACAACAAAUAUUGGAGGUCUCCUCAAUUAUUUAUACUCCCAAAUGAACAAGAGACUUUUCAUUAUCGGUAUGUGGUGAAAUACAACAAGGGUCUUGUGGAUUCUUUCAAAACUUACAUUACUAGCAAAUUCACAGGAAAAAAAGAUGAAAAGACAGUACAGGAGACACGUGCACGUAAUUUGAAUAAGGGGAUGCAGCAGUAUGACAUUUUUCGAGAUCCCAGUGAUCAUUCCGGAAUGAGUCGCAUCUUUCGUGGACAAACGUUCUUUAUAAAACAGUUAUGUCAGAAGCUGGAGAAUGGUGGCGAUCUCAAAGAAUUACUGAUGGAGUGUGAACACAUAGGUUUUGGUCAUCCAUCUUAUGACGUAGAAGACGUAAAAAAGUUUUUGAAGUGGUUUGAGGAUGCGAUUAACAAGUCCUGUACUCCUUAUCAGGGCAUCUUUUUCUGUUCACUUCUUGGCCAGCUAGUGGUUCAAGGGCGUAACUGGCCAGCUAUAUAUGCUUGCAGUUUGCUAGGAAGAAAGUUCGCUGAGACCAUUUUGUCAUCUUUUAGCAGAUGUCCUUAUGUAGCAUUACCUCAAAACAGUGCCAGGUUCAUCGAAAAGGUAGCAGAAGAACUUUUCAAAGCUGGAUCUUCGAAAGGCUGCCUGUUGUUUAUUAAGUAUUUCUGUAAUCAUCUAGAUGCCAAUUAUGUAAUGCAGGUGGUAGACAAACUUUCAUCACAGACGUACAUAGAGAACCAAUUCGAAGAACAUGUCUCUCUAUUGUUAACCUCCCUCAAGAAAUUGACAAACCGCGCCAUUUGUACAAUGUAUUCGUCCUAUGUUGUGAAAUCUUCCCCAACUAUCCGGUGCCUCUGGAAUCUCUAUAACUCUAUGUCCCUCUGCUUCCCAGACUUGAUACAGAGCCUGACGAAAGAUUUUUCGGAGACUUACAGCAAGUUCAUUUCACGCAAUCGUAAAACAAAACCAGAUCUUCUUGACCCCAUAUUUUGGUCACAAGUACCAGAAAACCUGAAGAAUGAACUAGCUAGGCCAUUCUGCAACGCAUUAGCCGAUCAAGUUCGUUUAGAAAAUACAUGGUCAUGGUCACAAGAAAAGCUUGUUAGAUUGAAGGAUAUUGCUGUUGAUAGACGAUUACAUUCAUCGGCUGACUUUCGUCAUUUCGCAAUGGGGAUCACGACACACAAAUGCAAAGAAGUAGUGUCCCUUCUCCCAGACCUUCUGAAAUCAAAUGCAUACUGCUGUCUUUGGAUGAAUGCAUUCACCCUUGAAGAAAAAAAGAAUGUUUGCUCUCACUGGCUAAAAAAGUCCUGUGGAAAUGAAACAAAGCCUAACGACAGGAUCCUGGCUUUUGUGGAAGCGUGUGAGUUGCUAUGUACCACGGAGGCUUUAAAAUCCGAUAAAAAUCUUUGUGAGGCUAUACACAAGGAGGUGGAGAAUUUAGUCCUCAAGAUGAAUUUUCAGUCCAUAAUGAAUGCUUUUCAAGAUGGACAGAAUAGUUCCCCUGCCGUUCACGAACACCUCAUGUUACUUCUUAGAAAAGCGAUAAAGCAGCAGAGUGGCACCGGAGACCGUCGCUCAAGAUUUAGACAGAUGAUUCGGAUGCUUGGCUUUGAUAUUUCCAGGGAAGGAAAGAAGGGGCUUAUCAAGGCAAAGAUAACGAGGUGAGUAAAAUACCUUUUCUGUGUACUUUAUUCCGUCUAGCCACCAUGGCUGGUGAGAGUGCAAGACUGAAAUAUAACCAUGGUGUGUUCUCGAACUGUACAAAACCUUGAGUUUGAUGGUUUAGGGUUGUCUUUUAAGAACAGCAAAGAAAUGUAGUUACCAAAAUGUUAACUCGUUGUUCUCGCUGCUGUUGCUUGACAAUGAAUAAUAUCAAACUGAUCGCUCUGCCGUGGAUAAGCGUUCAAAACCAUCUUGUGUUUAUUUACCUACAAUUUUUCUUGGUUAUCAGAAAAGCAAAUAUUAAAUAUUCCUUUGAUUUGAUUAAGUUUCUUUUUGCAACAUUUUCAGAAAGGGUUGUUCGUUCUCUCCGUAUUUUAGCUUAAAAAAGUGAGAUUACAAGUUUUUCACUGAAACCAUAAAACUAACAGACACUAGCCUGAAGACCCACCUACAGUACAUGCAAAAAUGUAGUGCAAUCAACAUAUACAAACUAAAUAUACCGACAGAAAAUUAGGGCUAACUUUGAGAAACAUGUAAAGGAGCCGAGUAGCUAAGUGAAUAGGGCUAUAAGUCUAGACAACAGCGAGGCAAAACUGUGUUAGGUUUUUCUCUUUCACGGAGAAACUAAUUCCGUUUUUAAAUAGUUCAAAAGGCGGAUAACGCUGUGCUCCGGAUAAAAAUCUGUCCGGUGGAUAACGCACUUAUCCACUGGAUAGUGAUUUAUAAGGUGGAGAGCGCUAUCACUCUUUUACUGAACAACGGAGGCUGUCAACAAAUUCAUUUUGUUCACCUUAUCUUAAACAUUAGGGGCAGAGAAGAAGUUCUUUCGGCCAUGUUGGAUGACAUAGCUAUGCCAGAUGAUAAAGAAACAGCGAAAAUCUUUAAUGCUAUGAUUUCUGACAGUGACGUUUGGCUACCUGUCUUAAGCGCACUUCAUCCUCAGAGCUCACUUAUGGAACAUCCCAAGGUUUUGACGGCCACAAAUGCAUUGCAGCAAUUAUUCGUCCCUCGACAGAGGUCCAAGUUGCCUGUUGCCUUUUUUCUGGAUAUCAAGGACAAGAAGACCCGUCUCCUUGCAAAGUUUUGUGUCUUAAGUUCUGAAGACAAAGAAAGGAACACAGAUGACUGGGUCGCAGACUUCUUAAAGGAUAAGGAGACGGCACAAUCCUUCUGUGAUCAAUUCACUAAACUAGAGCAAACAAUACGAUUCCUUGAGAGAGUGACCAUGGGCAUCGUGGUGAUGUCUGACGCACAGCUCCUAAUCCGUGAAGUCAACAACAGGAAGAAAGUAAACACUUCGAUUGCCCUUGAGGUUGCUGGUCAGGGUAGCUACUGGGGAUUACUGUGCAGUUUGAUCGACUCAGGAAAGUCAAUUGCAUGGGCUCAGGAAUCGGUUGUAUUUACCAACAUUGCACGUAUGUGUAUAGAAGAGGAGAUUGCAGGAAGUCAAACGCAAGUGGGGAUGGCAACCAGUGGUUCAGAAUUUUGGGAGGAAUCCAAGGGAGACGGUAGCAUAGAAAAUACAGCAGCCGAAAUAUUGGGUCUUCUAAAAAGCAAAGGUUUGCCUAAGUUCGAAGAAGCGUGCAGUAACCUGUUUGAAACGAAUAAAGAUAUAAGCGUCCAGGAAGUACAAAUGCUUUUUAACGGAAUUGCUGAUGAAGGCGCCCUCAAAAAGGAAUUAGUAGUGAUGAGAUCACUUUUUCCCACUUCUGCUUCUCAUCGAAAGGAGAAAAUGUUAAUGAACGUCCUUUAUUUUCCACGCGUCAGUGCAAAAGCUGAGCAGCUGAUGUCGGUAUUUUCAGCCCUUGGUUAUGAAGGUACUGGGGACUCAGUGACUGAGGCCUUAGAAGAAGUCAUCUCCUCCGCUCAUGACACCGAUAUUACACUCACGCGUCUCUCUGAAGUUGUUGAAGAUACGACAGUUACCAUCAUUGAUCGCAAACUUGAUGAGAAUUUGACAAACAUCUUUAAAACACUUCAAGAAUCUAGCGAACUGAUCUCCUUCAUGAAAGAAACGGCUGGGGAAGACAUCAGGAUACUAAUUGAUGCUGUUGAAGAACAUUCUGAUCAAUUCGUUUCGGAAGCUACUGUCUCAGAUUUGAUUGAUGUUCAUGGGUUUCUGCGAACCUUCUUACGAGAAGAUCCGAAAGAUCCGUUGGCGCUUCUGGACACCGUUGAGAAAUGUUACUCUAAGCUUGAGAAGAAAGUAGAAAUGGCAGCCAAAAUCAAAGAAUGCGGCUGCAAUGUCCACAGUUUGAGAGGCCUCUAUAUGAAUGUUGCCAACCGAGGAGAAAUGACGAAAGAAAUUAUCAGUAACGCAGUGCAGAAAGGGUGUUACCUCAUCAAGGCCAACUCAAAUGGUUCAUAUGACGUUCAACUUAGCUAUCGUCGCCUAGAAGGUGACUCCAAAGAAACAAGCUACAACAUGGCAGAGCUUCAUGACCUUCGAAGUCGAGCUCUUCUUAUUGUGAACACUGACAAAAAGCAAGAAAAACAUAGAAAAUCCGAUGACUGUGAUGCUACAUCAGCGUCUCUGAACAUGAGCUUGUCUACGUUUAUCCAACAAGUUGAAACGAUUACCGACAUCCUCAACAUGGUCACGUCAUUGCGAGAGUCGGGCCACCCGCAAUUUGAUGAAUUAUUUUGGCAUAAGCUUAAUUCCGUUGAGGAUACUUUAUCUCUGGCAAGUUCAUUGGAAGCAAAGUUGAAAGAGUGGAGAAAUUUCAUGCAUGAUUUGCAAAAAGAUCAUUAUUUCUUAAACUUCUUUCAUCCUGACCAGCUUUGGAUUCUAAGGAAAUUUUUCUCCACACCCCUGUCCAAAACCAAAGAGGAUGUCUCUUUGAGAAAUCAAGUCCACAAUCUGCUGCGAUUUGUGGAUCCCAGUAUCCGUAACAAUGACCUUGAUGAGUUUCAUCCACUAUACAAACAGCCUAAAGGAAACAAGGGUCAUGAAAAUGAUCUCCGCGCCAUUGGAGAAGUCCUGGAUGCCAUAUUCAUUUCUCGUCCUACUUUAGAGGUACAAAAAGUUAGCAAACAUAAACUUCAAAGUGCCGUCAAGCCCGGAGAAUUGUUUGUGGCAGUCCUUGAAGAAAACAGUAAACAGACAGCUCAUGUUGUUAUGUCUUUAUUCAAACAAACAACAGGCUCGUAUCCUCAACCUAGUCAGAUUCUUUUCUGUCAUUCUGAGACCUCUUGGGAAGAGGUUGAACGACUUCUGAAACGCGUAUUUGACGCAAAUGAGAGUUCCACGACAAUGAAGUUACACUGCCUGGCUAAUGUAGAAAACCUGUCAAACGACAUGCAGUUCGAACUUGUUUCCUCCAUCAGAGCCUACCAACGGACGGCAGAAGGACGAUACUUACUAAGCAUAGUUUGUUGUGGAGGAAUUCAUCAUCAUAUUGCCGAUCAGUUUUCCUCAUGCGCACACAACAAUACUGGAAUGACAGAGGUUCAAAUGCGCAUCGCAUUCCAAAAAGACUUUCCAGACGUUCACAUGGUCACCUCGGACCUUCCUGGGGUAGGGAAAACAGAAUUCGUUCAUGAACAUGCUGCGUCCAAACACAAGAGAAUUUUAACAAUUCCUAUCAGUGGACCCUUGUCUCGUAAAACUUUAGUCAAGGUAUUGUGUGGUUUAAAGUUUCAGAAGUACGAGUGCAUUCAUUUUGAUGUUGGUGAGGUAGACGACCCAUCAUUACUAGAUACACUGAUUUUUGAACUUUUGGUAGUUGGAAUGGUGUCUUGUGGAACAGACCUCUUUCAUCUUCCAACAAAGCAUGUGUAUAUCGAAAUUGCAAACACAUUGAGGCACUGGUUGCAAGAUUCCCUCCCUGUAACAAAGUGUUUUUUCCCUAAGCACAUUAAACUAGAUGGAUACGAAAACCUUGUUGUCAGUCAGGAACCAUUAAGCGCCUUGCAAGUGGUAUGCCAAUAUCUUCAUGCUUUCGAAUGUGGAAAGUUAGAGAGCAAUGAGGUAUGUCCUGGUCAUCUGAAACCUCUGUCUUCAGAUCGCUGCAAAGAACUCCUGUCAAAGCACUUCUCAUCAAGUGGUGACCUGUCAUACAACAUAAUUGAGAGUUUUGUCAAGGUGUUCGCUAACCAGCUGUUGCAAUUUUCUGCAAGUCCUUAUUUCAAACCGCACAAUUUGAGAGCCGUGCUUGGGCCUUCACACGAUGUGCGGAACUGCUUGUUCAAAGCCCUUUUGGAAGUGUCCAGAGAGUUUGCAGCGCGCUCUGUUGUCACCUGUAAGAGUGUUCAGUCAGAAGCAAUCUCCAAAGAAAAGGCUGUUGAAGUACUUAAGAAUGUUCAGUUGCAGUUAGGCAAUGUGGCUGAGAAGAUGGUCGAACGCGUUGAAGGAAUGAUACAAUGGGCCGAUAACAACCACCUUGUGAUUGUCUUCCACAGUCUUGAAGCCCUGACCAUUUCGGCUUUGUAUCGUGAUCUGACUUUGGUCCCUUCAAAUGUCCAUGAGCUCUUCAAAACACAAGCAGUGAAGGGAAAAGGCAUGGUUGACUUCACAAAGAUGGAUCAGAAAGAGCUCCAGGAAAGAUUAGAUCGAAUUGUUCGAACUACUCCAAGGGAAAAUGACGACAGCUUGCAGAGCCUGGACUAUGCUCUUACCCCAGACAACAUUCUAAAAAUGGUUCUUAUCAUUCAACGUAUACGAGCAGGAAUCCCAGUCAUUGUUAUGGGAGAAACAGGAUGUGGAAAGACAAGUCUUGUCAGAUACCUUGCGAAGACGUGUGGAGUACCUUUUCACGUUUUCAAUUUUCAUGCCGGUGUCGGAAAAGAAGAGGUCGCCUGUUUUGUCCAAAACAUGGAAAAAGAAGCAGCAAACGGCAAGGAAGUUUGGGUGUUUCUCGAUGAGAUUAACACUUGUGAUUACCUUGGGACUAUCAAUGAGAUGAUUUGUCACCGUAGUAUCAAAGGCAAGCCUCUCCCAUCAAACCUGGUCUUUAUAGCCGCCUGCAAUCCGUACCGUCUCCGUCCACCCGGAAAAAUUACAACCGCCGGUUUAAAUGGAAAGACAAUUUCCGAUGAAUUCUCAAGGCUGGUGUAUCGUGUCCAUCCAUUACCCGAAACAAUGAUCGACUUUGUCUGGGAUUAUGGAUCGCUAAGUAAAAAGGAUGAACGUGCCUACAUAUGUCGCAUGGUGGAGGGAAUCACUGGAAACCCCAACAAGUUACUGGUUGAUCUUCUGUGUACCUCCCAAGACUACAUCCGAGACGUCGACAAAAGCCCUUACUGUGUAAGCUUGAGAGAUGUCCACCGAUGUAUUGUUCUUGUUAAAUGGUUUAAGAAAAUCUUACAGCAGCGGCAGCAACUGCCUUUUUCAAAAAUAAAGGAGAGUUGUAAAUACUACCAAGAGGCUUGCCGUUUUUCAGACCGCGAGAGGUCCUUUGUACUUGCCUUGGCUCACUGCUUCCAAUCUCGUCUUCCCACCACAAAUUCCAGAGUGCGAUACCGUAAGGAAAUUGUUGGUUGCUUUCCAAACGACGGGAAUGUUUUGUUUAGCGAAUUUAGUUUUGAAGCGAUUGUAAGAGCAGAGCAGGACGACUACCUGGAACGAAUGGAAUUGCCAGAAGGAACUGCUAAAAAUGCUGCCCUUCGUGAAAACGUGUUUGUAAUGCUUGUUUGCAUACUCAACCGUAUUCCGGUUUUUGUUGUUGGCAAGCCUGGCUGUAGCAAAUCUUUGUCUAUGCAGAUAAUCCGGAGCAACCUAAGGGGGAAGGAUGCCAAAGACUCUUUUCUUAAGUCUCUGCCACAACUCUAUGUUGUUUCUCACCAAGGAUCUGAAUCAUCAACAUCAGAUGGAAUACUUAAGGUGUUUGAAAAAGCGAAGAAGUACAAAGAACACAACAAAUCUGGCGAUGUCCUUCCAGUUGUUCUUCUUGACGAAAUAGGCUUGGCUGAGGUCUCCAAGUACAACCCCCUAAAAGUACUGCACAAUCUAUUGGAGCCUGGUGACAGUAUGUUUCCAGAUGUCGCUGUCGUAGGCAUUUCAAACUGGGCUUUGGACGCUGCAAAAAUGAACCGUGCGAUCCAUCUUUCUCGACCUGAACCCGAUGUUGAAGAUUUGUUCGAGACUGGAAAAUCAUUGCGAGAAGCAGGCAGUGGCAUCAUUGAGUUAUCUCGUACACGUUCAGGUCAACCGUUUAGUCACGUAGCCUAUCCAGAUGACAAGCAUCUGCGUUGCCUCGCUGAAGCCUAUCAUAAGUACCAAUCACAGCAACGAUAUCCAAAUUUUCAUGGGCUACGUGACUAUUACAGCUUAAUUAAGUGUCUAAGUACAGACCUGAAUGUAGAAUACACUCAAGUAGGUUCUGAGGAGAAAACCAAGGAAAUCCAGCGAGCGUUGCAAAGAAAUUUUGGCGGCGUACCUAACGACGUAAAGAAUUUUCAAAGUUUGUUUCAAGAGCGAAUCCAGCUGCUGGAAGUAAUGGAUCAAGACUACCAGUUUCCAGUAACCGAGCUCAUUUGUGACAAUCUACGUGACCAGCGUGCUCGUCAUUUGAUGAUAAUCACAAACGGAGAUUCUGCGAUAGGCAUACUUGAUCAGACGCUCCAGGAUCUUGAUAAGGAGAAGAUCACGAUUUUUGGCAGCCGUUUUGAAGAAGAUCUGUCAGAAGAGUACAAUUACCGUAUAUUAAGCCGCAUCAUUCUUUGCAUGGAGAGAGACUGUGUUCUCAUCUUGCGAGAUCUAGAGAGUAUCUAUGGCAGUCUUUACGACAUGCUUAAUCAAAACUAUACAGUGGUUGGAGGGAAGAGGAACUGCCGUGUAGCCCUUGGAGCUUUUAGCAAUCCAAUGUGUCAGGUCCAUGAUGGCUUUCGCUGUGUUGUGUUGAUUGACCAAGGAAGAGUUGAUUUCACAGAUCCUCCUUUUCUUAAUCGAUUCGAGAAGCAGUUGCUCCGUUUUUCAGAUGUCUUAAAUGAGGAGCAAAGAAAAGUUAUCAAACAACUGAAAGAGUGGGUGAUACGCAUCUCAACAAUUCCCGAUUUUGAGUCACAGUUUCAAGAAAAAGACAUGUUCAUCGGAUUUUGUGAUGACACUCUUCCCUCGCUUGUCCUUAAAAACAGUCGAGACCCAGAGGUGGAAAGUUUUGAAAUUGUUGAACGGUGCAAAGACGAUCUGAUGAUGGUAGCGUCUCCUGAUGGCGUCGUAAGGAGUUUACAAUCUGCACUGGCUAAGACGAAUUUGGAGGAAGUUCAGAUACUUUACAGUAACUAUUUUCAGAAGCCUAUACACAAUGGUUUCAGGGAUUACCUACAACAGGCGUUAGAAACUCUACAACUUGAUUGUGAAAGUGAAGAUUCCACAAAGGGCAUGCGAAUGGUGAUAAUGACUCACAGCAACAUUCACGUGAAUGUCUCUCAAUGCCUUGAUGGGUUAGUUCAGUGCCAUUCAGAAAAGCUAAGUGCUUUCAAGUCUGAAAAGCAGUUGACCAAGGAGUUGGAACGAUUCUGGGGAUCCAGCGACUCUCUCUUGGUACUACAAUGCAAACCAGAGCUGGAUGCUUCCCACUUGCUACUUGCAAAAUCCAUUAUUGAGCAGCAGAGGGAGACAUAUCUCAAACGAGCAAUUGACAUGAACGAGUGGCAAGUCAAACAUGUUUGCAUUGUAAUACAUGUUCAGAGGGAAAGUGAGACCAAUAAAGUGGAAAAUCAACGCUGGCAAUUCAGUUUUCAAAGCGGGUGGAAACAAGUGACAAUUGAUGUAUUGGAAGAACCAGUUUUGCCUGUUACGGAGUGUUUAGACAUCAGCGUCAUAGAGCUCCUAGAGUCAAAGACGCUGUCAUUUGAGGACGUGGCUUCAAAGCAGUUCCUGUGGUGCUUUUUCCGAAUCAAAUAUGCGCCCUCUGUCCAACCUCCAUGGGAUGAAAUUCUUCAGCUGGAAGAUCUAUUGAGAUCAUCCCCCAAGAUCCUGGCAUGCCUCAAGGAGCUAGUAAGGCGUUGGCUGCAAAAGAGAGAUACCCUCAAUACACAUGGACAAGAUCUUCCAAGUUGGCAGUACUUCGUGGCAUGUGAUCGGCAGGCCUUGAUUAAUUCGUCGCAUUUAGCAGGAGCUAUUCAACAUCAUGUAAGUCAUCUCAUACGUCAACCACUUGCAAAGAUUGUCUACUUCCUGGAGAACGAGUCUGCCUGGCCUUGGUUCCUGUUAAAACAGACUGAUUUUCACGAGGAGGAACUACAAGUAUGGCUGGAAUUGAUCAUGGAUCAGGAUAUUCUUAAUUUUGAUGAUAUCCCUGACCAUCAAGGGGCUGAGUCCUACUUCAUUUCUGCGCGGCGUGUGCAGUUGAGAUUUCCCUUCUUCUCCGUAUUUUAUAAAAACGUUGAACAAGUGCAAUCUAUGUUUGUUGAAGACCAAAGAAAGCUUCUCUUGGACGAGACUUACUUAGACGACAAUGACGAAUUGAGCGAUGCUGUAGAAGAACCUCAACUAUAUCGAUUUGCUUCUGUUGUAAAGGAGAAAGUCCCUCAAGUAUUUGAGCUCCACUAUCUUCAAAGUCGCAUUGAAUGCUACGUCGAGGAUUUUCUCGACAUGAAAUCAGCUCACUUUUCGAAUUUUUUAUCCAGAGACGAAAGAAUUGACUUCUUAAAGUCUGCAAUGGCAAAUCACGUAAAGUUCCCCAUUGACAGCGAUCCCGCUCUUCUGAUCACUCGGCUGCAUUCACUAUUCUGGCUGAACGAACCUUCCUACCUGACAGCCCUUCAGGUGUUCGUGACGUGUUACAAGAUUGCGAAUGUAGACUUCGCGCCGUUAGUCUCUGAGUUUAGUCCCGUGUUUGACAAAAUGCUGUUUCAGGAUAGCAAUGCAGUACAAAACGCACCAUUUGAAGAUUCUCAAGAACUUGAAAGAAAUCAUUCCUUUGAUGAAAACCACACUGAAGACGUCUGUGCGUUGGUGGAGAAGGGCUACGAAGUCGACACAGGGGAGGUCAGUAGUGAGACUUUAACUACAGAGAACGAAAAGAGACUUCAAAAAGACAAAAACGAUGACGAAAUGAAGGCAGUGGAAGAAAUCGGCUCACAGAUGGAAGAAAGAAAGGAAAAUGGCGAUGAAACUGUAAAUGAAGUGGUUCAGGAUCCUAAAGAAGAAGAUGUAACACAGACAACGGGGCGAGAUGAUUCAGUGUUAGAGGACAGCGAAACUGUCGCUUGUGAACGUGAAAGUGUGGGUGGAGAAAAUGACGUAACUGCUGUAGAGGAAGAUAACACCGAAUUGCAACCACAACAAGUUGUAGAAGGAAAUCCGCCAGGAAACAAGCAAAAUGAUAAUCAAAGCAAUAUGACAGAAGAUGAUGCCCCAAGAAGGCGCGUAAAACAAGAUCUUGUCAAAGACAAUAAUAUAGACAUUUUAGACAAGAAUGAUAAAACAGGCGAAGAGGGAAUCAUUGAAACACCCAUCACGGAAAACGUGGAGGAGAGUGCGUCCGACAAUGACGAAUCAAAGGAUGAUGACAGAGGCACGGUUUCAGAAGACAGUGGUGUCGAAGAAAGCGUGGGCUUCGACGAAGUAUUAUUAGAGACGCUCUGUUCUGCGUUACUUCCAACGGACGAGGUCGUGAAGAACUUAAAAGGCCCUGACGGGUGGCAACGAACAACAAGUCUCUUUCUGUCGACAGCAAACAGAAUGCAAGUUCUGAUUCCUGCAUUUCAUUUCCUUCGUGUUUGCUACGACUUUGUUACACUUUUGGUGCUACCAGAAGGUCUUGAGCCAUAUUUCCUUUAUAUGCUUGGAGCGCUUGGAAAAACGGGAGCUUCCGAGGGUUAUCUCGAUUCCCCAGACACUUUUGAUCGUAUUACUAAUGUCAUUGAUGAGUUGGAGCAACGAGGCGUUGAAAAGAGACGUCUGGAAGACUUUCUGAUGCUCUUCUAUGGACGUUGCAUCGAUUCAAAUCCAGACACACCAGUACUUGGUAUCAUACUGGCAAAGAUCGGUUCUAGCGGAGAGAAAACACUUCUACGGCUUGCUGGACCGUUGCUGCACCGUAUUUUUCUCACAGAAGAAAACUUUAGCCCUGGUGUCUUCCAAGAUCUCUUGCACAGCUUGGACACCAUCAAAGAUCAUCCAGGCCUCCAAAAGACAAGUGCUGCUUUGUCAACACUAUCCGAUGAUGUUGUUGAGUUGGACUCCCCUUUCGCCGUGGUGUGUUGUGAUCUCAUUAGCGAGGUUGGGUUCCCGGAGGUAGACUUUACUACGUUGUCGCACUCAGAGGAUCAAUCUCUCGUUAAUUUUCGCAAGGCCUUUCAAACGGUAACAGAAUCUUGUGAAGACAGUGAAAACGGAUUGUUCCAUCUUCUUUGUGCCACCGCUUAUAUGAGGUCAUUCCUGGCAUCAUUUGCGAAGUUUAUUUUGGCAAGGCGCCACUGCCUUACUGAAGAUGGGGAGUUUACGGUGCUUUUGAAUGAAAUAAAUGCAGCCCUUUCCUGUGACCAACCCGAUCCUGUUUCUUCCAGGGCACCAGAGGUACAGUUGUACUUCUUAAAGGAAUUGAAGAAAGAGCUCUACAUGUGUGAGGUGCGUGAUGUCUGCAAACACAGCCCGAAACUUCCAGCGUUGAAGAAUUUAGAUUGGCAUGAUGAAGCGCUGGUGGGCAAACUUAGUUUUGAUCCUCUGCGAAACUAUACAGAGAAUUCUCAAGCACAAGCAGCGUUAGCAACUCUUCUCGAGAAGAACAACCCAAAGCCUGUUGAAGAUACCAUUCUUGCUAUGUCAAGUUCUGCAGAAAAGAGAAUGGAGAUGGCGGCCACCCUUGCCAAGUCGUUUUACCUUGUUCGUUCUACACGAUCUCUAAAGGACAGUGAGGACAAAGCAAUUAACUCCUUUAUAGGGAAGUUUGGGAACUUUGAAAAUCCCUAUGUUCAGCUCCUCCAGGGAAUUACGGGAAGGAAGGAUUUCAAAAGUCAAAAGCUUCGUAUUUCUUCAGAGUCUUCACCAGCUGACGUGCAUAGGGCAACACUAAUCCUACAUCUUUGCAUAGUUCUAGCCUCUCAUUUCAGUGGUGUUGAGCAGAAAAAGCUGGCAUUUAUGUCAUACCUUACUAGUCCUUUGGCCUCAAGCAAUACAUACGUCCUGGCGUCUGGAGAGGGUUGUCAGCAGCCGUAUGAGGUACACCGCAAUUACAGCUUCGAUGAAACGUCCUUUUUCUUUUGCUCCUGUAGAACGUUCUUUGUUGCUGCUGGGGAUGAUGAUGAUGAUGAAACAAAGUGUCCCAACUGUCGUUCACUUUGCAAAGCUGAGAAAGUACCUAGCAAGAAUUCUGCAGCUGCCGUUAAAGCCAUACAGGCAGCUAAAGUUCCUGUCUGUCUUACAUGUCCUCAAGAUCGUUUAAUUCACGUACGGCAAAUGGAUCCAAGAGAAUUCCGAGUUCUCCACUUGUUCGUACACGCAGCACUUUACGGAGGCUUCGCGAUGGAGUUGUUUGAUGAAAAUAGUCUGACCCAAAUACUGGGCACUGCUGUGACGGACAGUGAUCCUUGCGAAGUGUGCUUUCAACAAAUUGUUAACGAUCUAAGAGCGUUAUGUCUUCUUUUAGACGCAAAGGAAGAGUAUGUCAUCGGUUUCUUACACUGUGUUGUGCACGAAAGUAUUUCCAUCCUCACUUCGGGAAGUCUAUGUCAAACAGAAGGAGAAAGGUUGGCAUGGGAAAAGACGUUCGCUGAAACCGUGCGCCCUUUACUCCAAGAGUUUUAUCCAAGGAGACUUUUGGCAAGUUCGCUAGACUUCAUGAGCAAGUCUACACUGGCCGUUGAAAGAAGGAUAGAAGAAAUUGAUGAACCCCAGUUUUCAGACACGACAGAGAGAAACCUGCACCUUCCUAGAUUGUUGCGUGUAACGAUGCCUAAAACGUUUUUGUCCCUCAGCGCGUGUUAUAUGUCAGCUGAUCAGGAUACUAGGAACCAACAUCCGCUUCUUGGGUUAUUCCUUGAUUUUAACGACUCUCUUCCAAAUGUCGCAAGCCUCCCCGAUCUCCUUUCCUGGAGUCGUAUUGUGGACUCACUUUUAAGUAGACGUCUGUGUCGCCACGAAGCCACUACAAAUAUAGGAGAUAUCAUUCGAAAAGAAUCCAAAUCACCUGAGGAGAGAAAGCGAUUAAGUGAGAUCUUCGAGAAGUUCAGCAUAGCAUGGAAGAAGAUGCGUCCUUUCGUCAGGGACCGUUUAAAACAGGAGGUGCCAUACCUAAGCGAAAGCUCGCCGAUUUCAUUUUGCUUGAUUGAGAAAAGAGACCAGGGUAGCUCUCUUUGUGCUGCUAUCGAAAUACUUCGGGAGAUCCAGAAUGAGUUCUUGCAGAAGAUGCUAAGUAUUGCAUCGUCAGGAAAAUGUUCACCGCUAGUCUUUCUGGAGAGAGAAGAAGGAAAAUUUACUAUUCCAGUCGUCCACUUACAGGAAGCUCGGGAGAAAGAAAUUAUCCAGUAUCAAUGGACAGAUGAAAUUUUAAAGCAUUCUCAACGUAACACCGAGUACGGCCAUGGCAGGGAGAUCUUUUUUGACCUUUCAAAGAUUGAAAAAGAGAUGGCAGGUAGAUUCUUGGUGGGAAAGUCGUUCCUUUCUACUCUCGAGGGAUUACAAGAAUUCAUUUUCGCCCGAGAGCUCUUUCAUACUUGUAGAGGCAUUUUGGACGACUUACAAGAGCUGAUUCCGCAGCAACCACUCACAGAUGUGUUUCGAAGUAGUCUGUCGCGUCAAUGUGAGCGGAGUCUGAAGAACGUACAAGAUUUGCUCGAACACAUGGAAAUUGUCCUGUGCCUGUUAAAAAGACAUCGCGUUGGAAAACCAGAGGACCCUUUGACAGAAUUCACAGACAAGUGGCUGCGUGGACCAAGGCCGUUUCCGAAGGAUUUCCUCCCUCAGCCCCACAGCGCCAUCCAGCUAACACAUGUAGUUGCCUUAUAUGAGUUUCUCGAAGACAUGUUGGCUGAGUCGGCUGCCCAGCAAGUUUCCGACGUGUAUCGCUUUCCCAUACCUGAAGAGAUAACUAACGAAAUGACCAAGGGAACCCCUAGGACUGAAACAACCGAGUCACAUCAUUCUAUCCUAAAUGCCAUCACAGUAGCGCUCAAACGCUUCAUUUAUCGUUAUCUUUCUUCUGAGGAACUGAAACCUGAACCAACUGACAGUCUGAAGGAGCGCAUGAAGGAGAGAUCGCUUUGGCCAAUCGAUGCAUUCAAGUCGUGGAACCCGAAAGUGGAAUCUCCAUCAAAAUUCAUCGGUGACGUGUUUCCCGAGAAGCUUGCUAUAAAACAUACGUACCAAGUUUUAUGCUUUUACCAGGAUCGACUUAAAGUAAGUGAUCGAAAAUGUUCGUGUCAUUAGUUUUGCGAUAAUUCUCUCCCCAACACAAUUUAAAGUUGGAAUUCUCAGAAAAAUCUCCCCCAAAAAAUAAUUGGGGGAGGGGAUUUUUUUAACUUUUUAAUUUUAACUCUUACAUAUCCUGCCUUUUCGACUGCUGAGACCCUAGUUUCUUAUAACCUUGGCAAUAUGUAAAAGAGUUUUUAUUGGGUUUCGCACCUCCCGUCAUUGUUUUAGGUCACAUGUAGUAUCAUGGGACUUUUUGUUGACUGUGACCCCUCCACCCCCAUUCUCAAGGUGGAACGCAAAUGUGUAUGUGCAAAUGUGCAAAUUGUAUAAGUAAACAAAUGGGCAAACGCUUUGUCUACUGCCAAGUUUAUCUAUUUGAAAGAUUCUGUAUAUGAACUGCACGUGACGUUCCCUUUUUCGACACUUCAUGAAAACAAAUUCUACGCAGGUAAUCAGAAAAAGCAUCGUGUUAACCUGCCUUAGAUUGAAAUUUGACUUCUGAAAUUGAAAUCUGCCCAUACAGUUCUUUUCAGUCUGAUGAUCUCACAGUGCUUGAAACUCGAGUAACAAAAUUUUAUCCUUAAAUUUGUAUUGUACAGGCCUGUAUGUUCUAUUUGUUGAGUUCUUCACUUUGUUAUAUGUCAGGUGUUAGAAGAAGCAAAGCACGCUUCUCGGAGUCCGGCUCCCAAGAUCAGCCGCACCAGUGUUUCAAGGUCCCGUCAGCUUAAAGGUCGCCGAAAGCAUUUUAGCAACUUCUGAGGUGGACAGUAAAUACUCUUUUGGUAUUAUACAAACAGUUGGAUCCGCUUUUUGCAGAUCAUCAAAUUUUACUACGGAAUUCCAAGACAAUGAAUCCAACAUUUUGGGGCGGAUUUAGGGGUAGGGGUAGUUCGUGGGGUUCGGUCGAACCCCUAAGCUGAACCUGUAAACGUCUAAAAUUUGCAAAUAGGACCAAAUUAAACCUAGUGAAAAGUACACUAGUCUACGCAAGAAAUUCGCUAGACUUUGAUUUCUGAAGGCUGAUAAUUAACAAUUUCCCCAGGGAGCAAGCCUCCGGAUCCCCCUAGGCUUUCAGCGAUUAUUUUAUCGAACCCCUUAAGAAUAAAUAUUACUGGGCCAAACAGUAGAUCCGCCCCAGAUAUCGCUAUUGUGAAUUUUUUGUACUCGUUUACUUUAUUUUUGUUAUGCAUGUUUUGCCAUUGUUUUUGUACGAAUACUGUAAAUGUUUUGAAAAAUGCAGUCGCUCGAAUCGGCGUGCUUGUUUCCCUAAAAAAUCACUCCGCCCAGCUUGACCCAUCCUUCCCCACUCACUCUGCUUUUGUGCGACCACAUUUCGCAAAAUUAAUCCUUCAUUUUCUGAACCAGUAGUGGCACUCAUUUGUGCGAGAUCGUUUAAAUAAGACCAAUCAAAAUUUUUUUGUACGAAGACAAGAAAAACGCUACUUAACCGCCUUCACCUUGUCCUGUAUAAGGCUGUAAACAGCCUGCCUAUUUCCCCAGCGCAAAAACGAAUUAACGCGACAAAAAGGCAAAGGUGGCGAACACGACCAGGAAGGAGGGGGCAUCUUUAAGGAAAUCACUCCCUCGUAAAAGCAACCCACUCGCCUAGUUGGGCCUUCGUGAAAAUGCCAAAAAAAGAGAGACUUUUAGGGUGCUUAUUUGUUGAUUUACGGUAGCAGAAAUAGUAAGGGUUGCUUUUCAUAAACACUUUUCGCUUUAUUAAAUCGGAUAGCACUUGGUCAGCUUUUUCUGCCUCAUUCAUCAUCUCUGCUUUUGGGGAAAUGUUGUUUGCCUGAUUGUUGUCAGUAACACAAGAACGACCCUCUAGCUCUCACUUCCCACAUGCAAAUCUGAUUAGAUUUCUCAUAAUCUUUUUCCCGAUCUUGAAAAAUCAGUUGUCCCGUGAGCAGGCGUCAAGACGUCACUGCAGGUGUAUUAUUUUGAUCCCAGUAUAGUUGGAAAUUAUAAAACUUUCAUCCCGUGGGAGCCGAGAAGGUUGCCACUUUCGUGUACAAGUGAAGAUUUAAGAAGACUAGAGGGAGAGAUCUCUUACUGGAGUGAUCGCGCAAAGCAUUGUUCAGGGAACAAGUAGCGUUAAGUACUAGAUUUCGUAAUUGUAAAUUAAUAGUUACCUUCUUGACGAGUUCAAAAGCGCUUUCCAGUUUUGUUAAGGAACAAAAUAUAGUCUUAUCAUGCAUGGUUAGUAGAGGAGAAUGGCUAUGAAAGGCAGAAAGUAUCAAAAAUCAAAAAAAAAACGGUGCUGCGGUUUAUGUUGGAAGCUCCCUGACCGUGCAUAAUCCUUUGUUUUUUGUUCACAAAUUGUGACGGAAUAAAUUACUGCCACGUUCCUAUUUGUCAAUAAGAUCAAAAUGGUGCCAUUGAACGUUUUGCACCGACUAGACCACCACAAAAACAUAUAACAAAGAGUUUGAUAGUCUUCAUAACCAAUCCACUCUACUACCCAUAGUCUUACCGAUAAUAUUUUGGGGUUUUAAAAACCUUGUAAAUGGCCUAAAUUUGACCAGUCUUUUCCAUUACUAACAAGAUUAGUGGCCGAUAUUUAAGUACGAUAUACGCCAACAAUAUACAUGUCACUAUUAAUCUGUAAGUGAUAUUUCAGUGUUAGCCUUGUGUUAAUUUUUAGGCAUUUGCAAAUCCUACUUUGGACAACCAAUUUUACGGUUGGCUAUGCACAUUAUUUCAGAAUGGUGGCAAAUCCUUCUUUUGUUUUCAUUAUAGUUUAUCCUCAUUGCCUAGUUUCAGGGCAAAGUUCUUUUGAAUUUGGCAGAUGCAAUCAUUUUGGAUUAAGGUGUAUGCUUUGGCCUUCUCAGC